AUUGCAUUAUUUCUCUCUCUAACUUUCUUCGUGUGUGUAAUUAUGGGGAUGUUAGUUUUGUCUUGUAUGCAUAUUGAUGUUAUGUAGGGCAUAGACAUCCAUCACUACUUUUCUGAACUUUACAGUCUUCUUUACGAACUUUUUGCAAUAUCAAAGCAAUGUAAAAGGAGCCAUUUAAUUGCUCUUUUAGUUUUUUCCUUUAAAGCACAAAAAGAAUUAAUCUUUAUGACUUCAUGCCUGUAUCUAGGCCACUACUCUAUUUUAUGACUAUCUCUCUCUUGUGAUGGGUGGAGGGGAAGAACGAGGGAGAGAGAGGGAACUGAAAUGAUGGGAGUUGAAAAAUAGGAUGAGAGCAUGAUUUGGGUGCAAUGAUAUGUCACCCAUUUAUUCAAAAACAUAUUUGUCUUUAUUCAUUUUGCUUUCGGUUAAAAUGGGUGAAAGAAUUUCAUUGUUAGUUUUGGUCCCCUCAUGAGAUUAAGGAGGCGUAGACAAUGCUUUCCUUCUUGCUCUUCUCUCCACAGAGUUGACGAGGAUGAAAUUUACUGGAGACAGAAGAAGGGUGAUGAAGAGUUGGAAUGGUCGCAUAGUUCUGCUCAUAUAAUAACUCAGCUGACUCAAUGUUUUGCUAAUGCUAUGGUUGGACCACGAUCAUGGGUAGGAGGACUCUUUAACCGCUCCAGCAACAAACGUAAUGAGAAGUUUAUUGACUACCCAUUGUGUCCUCUUCAGGAACAAAGACUUCAGAGGCUCCAGGAACGAUUACAAGUACCAUUUGAGGAGACUUGGCCUGAUCAUCAAGAAGCCCUCAGAGCAUUGUGGCAUGCUGCCUUUCCAAAUAUUGCUUUCAAAGGUUUAAUUUCUGAGCAAUGGAAAGAGAUGGGGUGGCAAGGUCCUAAUCCAUCAACUGACUUUAGGGGUUGCGGUCUUAUUUCCCUUGAGAAUUUGCUGUUUUUUUCCAGGACUUAUCCGGCAUCUUUCCGUAGGUUAUUGUUCAAGCAAGGAGGGAAGCGAGCUGCUUGGGAAUACCCAUUUGCUGUUGCUGGCAUCAAUGUAUCAUUUAUGCUAAUUCAGAUGUUGGAUCUAAGCUCAGUAAAACCACGAUGUCUUCCAGGAAUUAAUUUCAUUAAAUUAUUAGGAGACGAUGAAGAAGCCUUUGAUGAAUUAUAUUGUAUUGCAUUUGAAAUGAUGGAUGCUCAAUGGCUUGCAAUGAAUGCUUCCUACAUGGACUUCAAUGAGGUAUUACAAGUAACAAGGACCCAGUUGGAAAGAGAGCUUUCUUUAGAAGACAUUAACAGGAUACAAGAUCUUCCAGCAUACAAUUUGCUGUACCAGUGACAAUGCGUCUCAGCUCAUCAAAAGAAACAAAAGCAUUGUGUAAACAUGGCCAUACAGGUUUAUUAGGAAUGCAGAUAUCAGCAAGACAUUUGUACACUAAAUGGACUUCAAAUGAGCUGGUACUAGUUGAGGAUAGAUUUAUAAUGAACUUUCUAACUCUGUAAACUAUAACAUUUUUUUCUUUUUCUUUUUCUAGAAAACAUGCCAGAAAAUUAGGGUGGCAAGAUGCGGAAAUUGACAUAGAUUGAGAGAGUCAACCUAUUUUAUCAACGAACUUGGCCUUCGUGAUUGCUAAAUUUUAUAGGCUAUCAAUGCACAAGAGAUGAUACUCUAA